GUGAUACUGUCACUAUCGGAGAUGUAUCUUUCAAACUCAAAACACCAAAGAACCCAGAACUUGUUCCACAGAACUACAUGACAGAUUCUUUGGCCCAGUCUGUAAUCCACCAUUUAAGAUGGAUCAUGCAGAAAGAUCUUCUCGGCCAAGAUGUCUUUCUUAUUGGUCCUCCUGGGCCCCUCCGGCGGUCUAUUGCCAUGCAGUACCUGGAGCUGACGAAGCGGGAGGUUGAAUACAUUGCACUGUCGAGGGACACUACAGAAACUGACCUCAAACAGCGACGAGAGAUCCGAGAUGGCAGUGCUUUUUAUCUUGAUCAGUGUGCAGUUCGUGCAGCUACAGAAGGCAGAAUCCUUGUGUUGGAAGGUUUGGAGAAGGCUGAGCGCAACGUCUUGCCCGUAUUGAACAAUUUGCUGGAGAACAGGGAAAUGCAGCUAGAAGAUGGUCGUUUUCUCAUGUCUGCAGAACGUUACGACAAGCUUCUGCAGGAACAUACGAAAACAGAGUUAGAUGCAUGGAAGAUUGUUCGGGUUAGUGAAGAUUUUCGAGUAAUAGCAUUGGGCCUGCCAGUACCUAAAUAUUCUGGUAACCCGUUGGAUCCUCCCCUUCGCUCUAGAUUUCAAGCUAGAGAUGUUUAUCAUCUGCCUUUUAAGGAUCAUCUUCAGCUAUUAUAUUCAAUUGGAUCAAACAUUUCUACAGAGAGAAUUUCUCAGCUCCUGUCUUUUGCUACAACUCUCUGCUCUCAAGAAUCUUCUACACUGGGACUUCCAGAUUUUCCUUUAGACAGCUUAUGGGCUGCAGUUCGGAUUUUGGAUUCCUUUCCUAUGAUGUCAGUCCAGCGUGUUGUUGAACGGCUUUACCCCUAUAAUAUUUUCCUCAGAAAGGAAGGCAGGACUGCUGUCAAAGAUACAUUAAAACGUUUUGAGCUACAGGAUUCAAAAAGCCAUUUGCUUCCCAGAAGGAUUACAAAAGUAGAAAGCGUACAUGGAAACAAAACCUUCAAGGCUGAUGUAACUGUCCAGAUUGGUGAAACAGAAGUGAUGUUCCAGGUUCCAGCUGGGACUGGACCAUUAAAACAACAUUCUGGAUCAGAUUCUUUCAUAAGGACUCCCAGUCAUGAUCAGCUGUUGGCAGAAAUGAUGCAAUCCCAUAUGGUUAAAGAUAUGUGCUUAAUUGGAGGAAAAGGCUGUGGCAAAACAGUUAUUGCUAAGGAGUUUGCUGAUAUACUAGGAUACAGCAUAGAACCUAUCAUGCUAUAUCAGGAUAUGACAGCUAGAGAUUUGCUGCAGCAAAGGUAUACUCUUCCUAAUGGAGACACUGCUUGGAGACCAUCGCCACUUGUUACUGCUGCCCUGGAAGGAAAGCUUGUUAUUCUUGAUGGCAUUCAUCGAAUCAACCCUGGCACUCUAGCUGUACUUCAAAGGCUGAUUCAUGACAGAGAACUGACUCUCUAUGAUGGCACCAGAUUAUUAAGGGAAGAUAGGUAUCAACACUUAAAAGAAGAAUUACAGCUCUCCAGUGAGAAACUACAGGAAAGGUCCAUCUUUCCUAUCCACCCCUCAUUCAGAAUAAUUGUCCUAGCCGAACCUCCUGUCAUUGGAAGCAGUACCCAACAAUGGUUGGGUCCAGAGUUUCUGACGCUGUUUCUUUUUCAUAAUGUUCAAUCUUUAAGCAAGAAUGAAGAAAUUCAAAUUAUUAAAGAAAUGAUUCCAAACGUACCCAGUGCUGCUGUGGAGCAAUUGUUGUCAUUAACGCACAAGCUUCGGGAGACAAAUGAUGCCACAGCACAGUCACUUGCUUCAUCUUUAUCUACUCGACAACUGUUGCGAAUUUGUCGUCGACUGUCACACUACCCUGACGAAAGUCUUUACUAUGCUGUUAAUAAAGCCUGCCUUUCCAGGUUUUUACCCAACCUUGCCAGAUCAGCUUUACAGAAAAAUCUGCUGGAUUCUAGGAUUGAGACAAAUCCAGAUGACAUAAGGAAACUAGAGGAGAAGGAUUACACCUGUGAAGUAAGCAACGGGAUUCUGAAGAUAGGGUCUGUGGCUAUGCCAAUUUAUAACCCAACUGAGAAAAUGAAAGUGCCUGAUGUUUUAUUUUAUGAAAACACUCAGCACAUGAUGGUAAUGGAAGACAUGCUGAAAGACUUCCUGCUUGGAGAACAUCUUCUUUUAGUUGGCAAUCAGGGUGUUGGGAAAAACAAGAUUGUUGACAGAUUCCUUCACCUCUUAAACAGACCUAGAGAGUAUUUACAGCUGCAUAGACUGCCGUUACCAGAACAUAAAUUUAUGGGCUACUGGAGAAUUGAUGACCCGGGAAGUGCACGACAGAAACUGCUGUGUCCAACAGAAACUCAAAGAAUAGAUGUAAAGGGACCUGCGUACCUAAAUAUUCAAGCAUUUCCAGUGGAGCGACAUGAAGCCAGGUCCCUCAGUUUCACAGAAGAGCUUGCUUUUUGGACACUACCUAUGAAUGAAGUUAACUUAGUUUGUGAUGUUGCUGUAACAAAAGAAGAUGAAGCUGAGAAUGUUCUUUACGUUGCUGCGUGCAAUCCUGUUUCCUUGUACUUUAUGAAUGUUUCUAGUAAGAGCGGAUACUUGGUGGAUUUUUAUGACCUCUUCCCCAGAACAGUUGGAAAUGUCUGGCAGCCUUUUGUGACUGUGGCACCGCUGGGAAAUCCACUGAAAGGUCAAGUGAUUCUACAGGAAGAGCAGAGUAACGUUGUGUUGUUGCUGGAUACAAACAACGGUGCUCUUCGCCGGCUUUUGCUCUUACCAGAUACUCAAGAGACUCCAAAGAAAACAUCUUGGUGGAGCAGCAAGGAAGAGAUGAACAACUACAAAAUGUGCCGAGAGUUUUCACAUAAAAAUUGGCUGGUGUUCUACAAAGAAGAAGGGAACCGCCUUAUUGUACUGGAUGUACUGGAGGGUCAAACUCAUACCAUCUCACUUCCAAUCGAUCUCAAAUCUGUUUUCCUGGUGGCUGAAGAUCGGUGGCUAUUGGUGGAAAAUCAGACAAAUCGGAAAUUUCUUUUAACCAAGCGUGCCCAGAUGGAAGCUGAAGACAGUGAGGUUUGCCAGCUGUAUGCGCUGAGUGAAGAGCCAGCUGACACAGGAUUUGGCUUAACAACAGCGUCAGAACUGUGCGCGCCACAUGCAGUUUCAAGUGACCAGUUAUCUUCAGAAAACCUCACUGCGGCUGUGGGACAAAAGAUCAGCUCCCCCAACAGGAUUUUCUCAGAUGAACAUAAUUAUGCUACUAUUGUUAUUGGUUUCCCAGACCUCUUGUCUCCGAGUGAGGUGUAUAGCUGGAAAAGAAACUCCUCUCUGAGUCGCAGACAUGCUUCUCCUUCUGAUCCAUUUUAUUAUGGAGCCCGGAGGAAAACAGGAGCUGCAAAACAAACCAAUUGUGUAACUUUAUUGUCUUCUAAUCAAAUAGUCAGAAUUUUAGCACCUGGAGAUGUGCCUUUGAAAGACAUUUACCCAAAAGAUGUCCCUCCUCCACAAGCUGCUGGGUACUUAGAAGUAACAGAUCUCAACUCAAAGAAAAUCAAAUACAUUGCUAUUCCUAGAUCAGGAUCUCUCUCUCCGUAUACAUCUUGGCUGUCUAAGAUCUCAGACACAGAUGCCCUGUUGGCACCUCUGGGCAAAGUAGGUCUCGUUAGUGUGGACAUGGGAGGUGGCGUGAGACUUUGGGAGACAGGACUCGACAGCCUGCAGCGUUCGCUGCAGGACUGGAGGAACAUGGUCGGACAAGAGGAUGGUCGACCUGUACAGAUAACGAUUGAGAGGGACAGUGGUUUGGACGUCAGUUCUCCCAAGCAUGGAAAGGUUGAUCCAGACAACAUGCCUCACGUUGGCGGAAACACUUGGGCUGGUGGAACAGGUGGGAGAGACACUGCUGGCUUAGGUGGUAAGGGUGGGCCAUACCGAUUGGAUGCCGGCCACAAGGUUUACCAAAUAUCGCAAGCUGAAAAGGAUGCUGUUCCUGAAGAAGUUAAGAGAGCUGCACGGGAGAUGGCAGAAAAGGCCUUUAAACAAAGAUUAAAAGAGAUUCAGAUGAGUGAAUAUGAUGCAUCUACUUAUGAAAGAUUCUCUGGAGCAGUCCGACGACAGGUUCAGUCUCUCCGCAUCAUCUUAGACAAUCUGCAGGCCAAGGGUAAGGAAAGACAAUGGCUGAGACACCAAGCUGUUGGGGAGCUAGAUGAUGCCAAAAUCAUUGAUGGGCUGACAGGAGAAAAAGCCAUUUAUAAACGACGGGGAGACCUUGAGCCACAACCUGGGAGCCCCCAGCAGAAACCUAAACGUCUGCGCCUAGUAGUGGAUGUUUCUGGUAGCAUGUACCGCUUUAACGGGGUGGAUGGACGACUGGAGCGCUCCAUGGAGGCUGUCUGCAUGGUCAUGGAAGCUUUUGAGAAUUAUGAGCACAAGUUCAAGUAUGAUAUUGUGGGACAUUCAGGAGAUGGCUUCAACAUCACCUUGGUUGGGAGUGACAAAGUUCCCAAGAACAAUAAGCAAAGAUUAGAGAUUCUUAAGAUCAUGCAUGCCCACUCUCAGUUCUGCAUGAGCGGAGACCACACCUUGGAAGGGACAGAGCAUGCCAUUCAGGAUAUCGCCAAGGAAGAUGCUGAUGAGUAUUUUGUUAUCGUCCUGAGUGAUGCGAAUCUUGAGCGAUACGGUAUUCUACCAUCAAGGUUUGCCCAGGCCUUGACCACCAAUGCUCAAGUCAAUGCUUUUGCCAUAUUCAUAGGAUCUUUAGGAGACCAAGCAGAUAGGUUGCAGAGGACACUACCAGCAGGCCGGUCUUUUAUUGCCAUGGAUACCAAGCAGAUUCCCCAGAUUUUGCAGCAGAUCUUUACAUCUACCAUGCUGUCAAGCGCCUAGCCAUCGCUGAGGUCGUGACGUGUGAAUUCAAAGAAGAAAUCCACUCCCGCCAAGGAUACGAACCCUAAAGCGGAGGAUAAACACCAUUAUUAAUAAAGCACCUGCUGCUCUUUAACAAGAAAGCCAACCCAAAUCUGCACGGUGGCUGUGCUGUAAAAUUUCACCACAAAGCUCUCAACUGACAUAAAAGGGUGUUCAAAGAAUUGCAGGGGGGCUGGGGUGCAACUCAGGAUGGCUGCAGAGCAAAUGUUUUUUCAGAGGGACAAAUAAAUAAAGGACCAUUUGUGAUCAUUACUCUGGCUGAUGUAUUGCCAGCACUGCACUAUCAUCUCACCCUGUUUUAUUAAUAGCAUCCCUUGGUCCUCUGGGGUUAGAUAACGUUAUACAAGAUGGAGCCAGCUCAUCUGUUUCAGUGUUUUGUGUGCACAUGUCUGGAUAGUUAAUUCCCUUUCUAAUUCUGAACAGGACUGCUCUGGUCGAAGAGGAAACCCUGCCUUCCUGCGCGGGUGCUUUCUUGUCCUGGUCGGCACCCGGACUUCACUGCUGGGUGGUGGGAACAGUGGAGCAGUUUGGAAACACAGACCGUCGCCGUGUAAACAUCCAUUAUCUGAUAAGGCACGGCACUCAGAGUUGUCAGAUCGAGAGAAAGUGGCUGUUAAGAAGAAUUAACAAAUAAUAGUAAAAAAGAUUCUUUCAGCUCUGCUGGUGAAAAAUGAGGGGAAAGGGUCAAAAGGGUCUUAAGACACACCUGCCACUAUUUCCAAGGAGUGAAGUGCCUCUGUAUGUCCUUUGUAAGGCAGAGGAUGGCAUCCCGCUUCGCCGUUGCCCAGAGUCCCCGGGAGGGCCACGGCACCCCAGAGGCUGGAGGUGCCUUUUAGACGGGGGAAACAAAAAAGUCACUAGCACUCUGCUAGAGCUCCUUUAUACUCUUGCUUGGGUCUUUUGAAUAUCCGUCUGGAGGGCAUAUCUAGGUAUUAAAGCUUUUUUCUAAAGGAAGAGAAAAAGAAAAUGUGUUUUCAUUGUAGCAAGGUAUCUGUGUUGGGAUAUUUCUUUAAUAUCCAGGACAUUUAUAAAGACUUACUUUAGAAUUCAGGUGGCUGGUGUUUGAUUUGUCCCUGAGGAGAUAUCCCUAUUUAUAUCCUAAAGAACAGAUAUCUUGUAGUGCAUCAGGAACACAAAAAUACUUGAGGAAUUGAAUUCAUCAUUUAACUAGCUGGUGUUUCUCUGCAUCAUCACUAAUACUCUCUGCUCAUAUUAACUAAUUUCAGGGUAAGUGAUUAGAAAAAAAAUCAAGAGUGCUCAUAAAAAUAAGAAAGGAGAAACUAUGGUACUUCUCUUGUAAUAUUUCUCUUAAUACUGCCGUUGCUCAAAUUGCAUUGUGAGGGGAGGAGACAUAUCAAUUCGAUCUUAUUACAUACAACCAUCCAUGGUUUAAGGGGUUAAGUUUCUAAUGGCCAUUUGCUACUAUGUCAGUCCUGUAGCAGCCUGUUACCCCGUUCACUUCCACACAAGUAUAAAUGCCAGGAGUGUCCAGCAGUUCAAAAUAUGAGACAUGGUAUAAUUUCCAGUUUCAGAAGAUGCACUUCAUUUCCAGAGGCUCUGCCUUCGUUAAACUGAGGACAGGCAUUCAGAAUUGUAACUUGAAAAGUCUUUGCCAUAGUGUCAAAAAUGUCCUGCUUUUAGGAAGUGUUUGAAUUUCUGGGGCAUUGGUGUUCUUGUUAGUGCACUGUCGUUUUGGAAACAGCUGUAGGCUGUGACCUCAUGUAACAAUAAGUCUUGCCCAAAUAUUGUGAAAUAAUUGUUCAGACUGAACUGCAGAGAUAACCCAAACUCAGAGCGGACGUUGCUUUGAUUGCCUAGACAGCUUCAAAACUCCUUAUGGCAUGAGGGGACGGAAGGCAUUUUUCAAAGGUUUGUUAUAUUGUUGGAAUAACUAUAUACAUAAAAACAAAGAGGUUAAAGAUGGAAUUCCUGUUUAGAGAGAAGGGAAUUGGGAGGGGAACGAUGGGAAGAUUAUCCCUGGCUGCGACAAAUACAUACAUGCACACGCACACACAGAGCUAUUUACGGAAGUGCAGGUCAAAAUAUAAGUAUCUUGGCAUCGUACAUACAUUUUGAGGUAUCAAAUGCAAUAAAAAAUCGACGUAUUAAUAAUUCUGUUAGUAAUUGUCCUUACAUGUAGUAAUUCCUUCAGCACCUCCAAUUUUAUCACUAGCAGUUCUUUAAAAAGGAAAAAUGUUAUUAUAGUCACAAGUACUGAAUGCGCUCUGGAUUACUUGUGUGGAUAAACUUCCUCACUUUGCAUCUAUUUACACUAUGAAACUGUUACCUUUAUAGUAAAAAUUUGUGUUAUUUAAAAGAGAUGAUUGUGCAAUAACAAAUUCCAUUUAAAACCUUCAGUCUGAGUAUCACUGUAAAUGGUAUUUAAUGUCACGCUAUUUAACAGUACUUGUUCAUGUUUCCUUUGGUUUUAUUUUUUCUUUCAAGACACCCCCGUUGUGUUUCACUUCCCGUUUCAGGGAGCCACAGGAUACGGCUGCAUUUGCAGACCGGCCGCUGCAGGGAGCCCGAUUGCAAGGAUCUGAAAGCAGCUUCUGGUCAAAUUUGAGAGGAAGGGAGGAGAGAUUAACGAAAAGGUCAUUUUUUUAGUCUGGAAGGAGGAUUUUCUGGUUUAGUUUUGAACAGCGCUUCAUUGCAGACCAUAUUGGACCUGACAGCGUCUCUCUAAAUUGUUAAAAUUUAGA